AUGAAGGGAUUCCGACAGAAGCUCAACCGCAACAGGAAGUCGACCUUUGACGUCGACACCGUAGCGCCUCAACGAACCGACUCGGUUACCACGGCCGGCUCCGGGAAUGGCGCAAACAGCGGCACUGGCGACAAUGUGGACCAUGAGUCGCCCGAGGCGGCGGCGCAACGGCUUGUGCGGACAUUUUGUAUGAGCGAAGUCGACGAAGCUGGCGCAGAAGUUGCUCUCCUACCCAGUAUCGUCGAAGCCGCCGAGUCCUCGCCCCAGGCCGCCACCGAAUGCGCACGCUACAUUCGCAAGUUCCUUCACCGCGACUACUGGUCAAGACCCAACUUUGUCUACAACGCCAUCAUGCUUAUGCGCAUUCUUGUCGAGAAUCCGGGUAUGACCUUCACGCGGAACAUGGACAAGAAGUUUGUCGACACCGUGCGCGACCUGCUGCGCGGCUGCCAGCACGCCCACAUCGUGCACUUCUUGAUCGAGACCCUCCAGGACUUUGAGAGCAAGGGUGCGGUCGACGAGGGCAUCGGCCGCCUCGUGGAGAUGUGGCAGAAGGAGAAGGCGAAGAGCAAGUCGGCAUAUUCGAACCAACCUCCGCGACAAGCCCAAGGAGGCCAGGGCGGCCUCUGGCACCGCCCACAGCAACAGAUGUGGCCUCAACAGAGCCAAAAUUACCCUGGCCAGGGCAACUUCAACUACGGCCAGGGCGGAUAUGUCAACCAGGGCGGCUUUGUUGGGCCGGGACAUGACUCUCACAACUCCAGGCGUGGACCAUAUGAGCGCGGCCAUACUAGUGCCGCCACUCUUCCCAAACCGCGUGAGUUGCGGAAGCGACUGGAUGAGGCGAAGACAACGGCCAGCGUCCUGGCUGACGUUGUCAACACGACGACACAGGACGGUCUCCUCAGACACGAUCUGGCAGAUGACCUUUCGGCGCGCUGUCGCCGUGCUACGAACCAGGUGCUCGAGUACAUGAACACCCACGACCCGAUCCCAGACAACUACGAGAUGGCGGCGCUGCUGUCUACGCACGAAGUUCUCGAGCAGACGCUCCACCACUACCACCGUGCGGUGCUCGAGGCCCGCAAGAGUCUUGGUGUGGGCGAAUCGCGCCGGACGUCGGACGGCAAUGAGGCCUUUGAGAUGACGCCAGCCGGAAAGGGCAAGGCCAACGCUCCCCAGUCGCCGGUGGCCGGGGCUCCCAGCGGAACAAACGGCAGCCGCAGCCGCAGUGAGAGCCACAGCAAUGGCCUCGAGAGCCCAAGGAGCGGCGACGAGACCUUUGACCGGAACGAGGACGACGACAUGAUUGCCGCAGCCAUCGCCGCUAGCACAGCACCCGGUGCCAAUGCCCGCGGUGGACGUGGCGGCUACCAGCAGGGCGAAGGGUCGUCUGCGGCUGGACCGGCGAACGAAACAGAGAACCCAUUCGCAGACAACCUCCCCGAGUCGUCCCGUUCGUCGUCGCGCGUCCGGCCCGUUUUUGGUGCCGGUGGUGGCGCAUCCUCUUCUGCUGCUGCUGGUGCUGCCGGUGCUGCCAGUGCUGCCGGUGCUGCCGGUGCUGCCGGUGCUGCUGGUGGCAGCGGAAGUGGGACGGUCGCGUACGUGGACAGCGAAAACGAGAGCGACGAGGAGUAUUUGCGCGUCCAGCGACGCAACAAGGCCCUUGCCGAUGUUGGAAGCUCGUCUUCGUCGACGGCGGCUGCUGCAGCUGCUGGUGGUGCAUCGUCGUCUACGUCUGCCCCGCCGGUCCCGCCCGCAUCUAGUAAGCCUGGCCCGGCGUCGCCCCGUAUUCGCACCCCGAGCCCACCCACCGAGUUUGAUGCUGGCGUUGGUGGCAGCUCGUCCUCGGCUGGCCCGGUUGUUGACUCAGAGGCAGGGGGGAGCGGAGGACCUGUCUUCCGCUACUAG